AUGUUUGCUCGUCCUUCUUCCCGCCUCGCUUCUCAUGCCAUGCUCCGAGCCUCCCGACGAGUCGUCGUUGGCGGCAAGCGCUUCGGCAAACGCUUUCAAUCCACCACAAAGGAAGAACCCAAAGGCUGGUGGUCUUCUGCCCAAUUCUGGGGUGGUCUCGGUGCUCUUGCUGGAUGGGGAAUGUCCGGAUCCGCCAUUUACGAUGCCUUUCAACAGGGGCCGGAAGUGAUUUCCUUGACCAUGACGCCCGUUCUGAUUGUCUAUUCCACCCUCUUUGCCCGUUGGGCUUGGGUGGUGCAGCCUCGCAAUCUUUUGUUGUGUGCCUGUCAUGUUACCAAUGUGGGUGCCCAAAUCAAUCAAUUUCGUCGGGCGUUGGAAUUCAAAAAGGAGCAAGGAGAAGAAGAAAAAGUGACUGAAAUUAUGCAACAAGUCGGUGCUGGUUGUGUGGCGGCUGCGGUUGCUGUUGUAGCGGGACCUACACUUGGUUCGGCCUUGGCCUCUGCCGAACUCGGUGCCUUGUCCAGUAUUGCUGCCGCUCCUGCCGGUCCCUUUACGGUUCACUUUUGGGCCCCAAUGUCCAAAUGGUUCAUUAGUGGAGCUUCGUUCAUGGACUUGCAUCGUCCCACUGACAAGAUUAGUUUGCCACAGUACACGGCACUCACUCUUACCGGUUUCUUCUUUUCAAGAUAUGCAUUGUUGGUGACACCCAUCAACUACACACUCUGCAGUGUCAAUAUUGCGCUCUUUGGAAGUUCGGCAUGGCAUUUGGGACGAAAGGUCAAGGCUGAUUUUAUUGAUGAAAAGGGCGAGGAGCAAUAA